GCUGGUUCCCCGCGCCCAGCGCGCCCCGGCCGCCGCCAUGAGCGGCUCGUCGGGCACCCCGUAUCUGGGUAGCAAGAUCAGCCUCAUCUCCAAGGCGCAGAUCCGCUACGAGGGCAUCCUCUACACCAUCGACACCGACAAUUCCACCGUGGCUCUCGCCAAAGUGAGGUCCUUUGGUACUGAAGACCGUCCCACAGAUAGACCUGCUCCCCCAAGAGAGGAAAUUUAUGAGUACAUCAUUUUCCGGGGAAGUGAUAUCAAGGAUAUCACUGUGUGUGAGCCUCCGAAAGCUCAGCACACCCUCCCUCAGGAUCCUGCUAUCGUUCAGUCCUCCCUGGGCUCUGCCUCCGCCUCGCCCUUCCAGCCACAUGUGCCUUACAGCCCCUUCAGAGGGAUGCCGCCCUACGGCCAGCUGGCAGCCAGCUCCCUGCUCAGCCAGCAGUAUGCCGCCUCCUUAGGUCUAGAGAAGUUGGUAAGCCCUCCAGCCUCAGCCGCUGCUUCCAGCCCUAGUUCUUCUCCAUCUCCACAGCCCGUUUCAGAGCUUGACAUGUCCUCAGAGCCACCUCAGCUCACUUCCAAGGGAGCUGGCUUUCCAUCUACCCCAGUCGGCAAGAGCCCCAUGGUGGAGCAGGCUGUCCAGACUGGUUCUGUUGAUAACUUGAAUGCCAAGAAGUUGUUACCCAGCAAGGGCACUUCCGGAACACAGCUAAAUGGUCGCCAGGCCCAGCCAAGCAGCAAGACUGCCAGCGAUGUAGUCCAGUCGGCACCUGGGCACACUCAAGGGCAGGUGAAUGAUGAGAACAGAAGACCUCCACGGAGGCGGUCAGGGAACCGGCGGACAAGGAAUCGAUCCAGAGGGCAAAGCCGUCCCACGAAUGUUAAGGAAAACACAAUUAAGUUUGAAGGAGACUUUGACUUUGAGAGUGCAAAUGCCCAAUUCAACCGAGAGGAGCUUGAUAAAGAAUUUAAGAAGAAACUGAAUUUUAAAGAUGACAAAGCUGAGAUAGGGGAAGAAAAGGACUCCACUAUAAUGACCCAGAAUGAUGAGACUCCUGCUGAGGAAGACCUCCUGGGGCCCAACUGCUACUAUGACAAAUCCAAGUCCUUCUUUGACAACAUCUCUUCUGAACUCAAAACCAGUUCCAGAAGGACAACAUGGGCUGAAGAGAGGAAGCUUAACACCGAGACCUUUGGGGUAUCAGGGAGGUUUCUUCGUGGCCGUAGUUCCCGUGGUGGAUUCCGAGGAGGCAGGGGCAAUGGGACAACCCGGCGCAACCCAACAUCCCAUCGAGCUGGAACUGGUCGUGUGUAAGGGUACAUAUAACCUAGGCUCCUGCGGAAGCAGCAGGCGAUGUUCAUCAGUGACGACAUAUGACAUAGGAAUGCCAUACUCACAGGAGACAUGGGUCCUGUUGACCAAGUCUGGAAAACUCCCCACACUGCUACUUGUGUUUUGGACUUAACUGAGCUUGGACAUGGUCUAGGUUAGAACCACUUGUUUUGGGGAAGCAUUUGUAGUUAGUCUCUUGACCUACAUUUCCUUCUUGGUUGCACACAGCCUAAUUCUAAGGUUUUUGGUAUUUUGCAAAAAGGUUUCUAUAAGGAAGGCUCUAUCCUUACUUUAUGACUGUUUGUUUCUUUUUCUUUUUUUUUUUUUUUUAAAAUGACAGCUGUGACUUUUAAAAUGGAACCAAACCUUAUUUGGCACAUGUGGUGGCCAAAUGCAUCAUUCUUCAGCCUAUCUGGCCUGGCUCCCUACUACUAAGGGUGGGUCUGAGGUAUGUGGGGUGGGUGGGUGUCCCAUGGAUCAUGUUAUGUAAGGAACCAGUGACUUGGGGGGGGGGGCUGACUAUGGGUAAAGUCAUGGACAGUGUCCUGAAUACUGUCAGGUCAUAUGGAGCCUGGGUUACUUAAGCAGCAAGGCUUCAGGUCCAAGGCCAGGUAGCCUGCCCCUGACCCUCUGUCCUGUCCCUGCAGCCUCCAGCCCAGGGCAGUCAGUGUUUGACUGAACACAAGGGUUCUCAUACACUUGGAAAUGAGCCAGUCUUUUUUUUUGUGGGGGGGGGGUCACUUGACCUUCUUUCCUCAAUUGUAAAUAGUUCUGUGUUUAUUUUAGAGGUGAUGAGGGAGGGUGGGAAUAUAAAUUUGUUGCAUGAGUAAAAAUGGGUCUGACUUUAAGUAUAAGCAUGCAUCUUCUGAUUGACAGGGCAUUUUUGUUGAAAAUAAGCACCUUGAUAACUAAAUUCCCUUCAAAUAGCUGUAAAAGGCGUUAGUUCUGUAUUGAAGUCACACUGUAAAAGCUUGGAUUUAUUUUUGUAGGAUGUCAUGGCUGAGAAUAGAACAUAGCAUUGGGGCUACUCUGUCAGGGUAAUGUAAGCUCUAAAUAAACAUGCAAAUUUUCAAAUUC